AUGGAGUCAACAGCAAAUAGUAAUGGUGCAUCAUCAUCAUCAGCAGCAGCAGCCAAUUCUAAUGUUUCAUCGUCAACAACAAGUAAAAAUGUAUCAACAAGCAACGCGAAUACAUCAAAAUUAGCUGUUGGACAAAAAUCAGUAAGCGACAAAACAAAAAUUCAACAAGAUCCAACCACAUCUCAUUUAUAUAAAUCAUUAUUUACAACAAGCGAAGCUGCAAAGGAAAAAGAAAAAAAUAAAGCUCAUUGGGUAACUUACAACCCGCUUUAUUUUUAA